GCGGGGACAUAUUUGUAAAUUCAACAUCUAUACAAUAGGUUUCCGAACGAUCUCCAGUGCGAUUGUGACUGCGGAGAGAACGAACAAGCAAGAGGAAGAUUGAAAGAGCUCUUCCCAUUUUUUUUUUCUUCUGUUCGUAAAGAUGUUGUUCUUCUCUUAUUUUAAGGACUUAGUGGGCCGAGAAGUGACCGUGGAGCUGAAGAACGAUCUGGCCAUCAGAGGGACGCUGCACUCCGUCGAUCAGUACCUAAACAUCAAGCUAGAGAACACUCGGGUCGUUGAUCAAGACAAGUACCCCCACAUGCUUUCAGUGAGGAACUGUUUUAUUAGAGGAUCUGUGGUUAGAUAUGUUCAGUUGCCACCUGAUGGAGUUGAUGUUGACUUGCUCCAUGAUGCCACGAGAAGAGAAGCUCGGGGUGGCUAAAAUUCAUCUGUAAUUUCUGUAUUUGUAUGAAUAUUGAAUUAGAUACGUUUGAAUUUGUGCUGUGCGCAUCUGCUGCUGGAUAUUUUCUUUUUACUGCAGCUUGUGAGAGCACAUUCCUUACUGUGUAUCAUGGUAAAUGACAUUUUUGGGGCAUUGUGGAACACGCUCAGCAGGAAUUUGACAUCUCAAUUGAUUUAUUGUAUGCUGUUAUCAAUA